AUGGUAAAGGCAGACAAUGAAAGUUUUAGACAAUCAAAGAAAGACAAAAAAGAAGAAGAACAGAAGUCCUCAGAAAAUGUAGAUGAGAGUGAAAAUUUGAGACAAUCAAAGAAAGACAAAAAAGAAGAAGAACAGAAGUCCUCAGAAAAUGUAGAUGAGAGUGAAAAUUUGAGACAAUCAAAGAAAGACAAAAAAGAAGAAGAACAGAAGUCCUCAGAAAAUGUAGAUGAGAGUGGAAACGUAAGACAAUCGAAGAGAGGAAAAAAAGAACAAGAAAAGAAGUCCUCAGAAAAUGUAGAUGAAAGUGAAAAUGUGAGAAAUUUGAAGAGGGUGAAAAAAGAAGAACAGAAGUCAACAGAAAAUGAAGAUGAAAGUGGAAAUGUAAGACAAUCGAAGAGAAGGAAAAAAGAACAAGAACAGUCACUAGAAAAUGUAGAUAAAAGAGAACAUGCUAGAAAAUCAAAGAGAGGGAAAAAAGAAGAAAAACAGAAGUCACUAGAAAAUGUAGAUGAAAGAGUAGAUAAUGUUAGACAACCGAAGAUCCAGAAAAAAGAUGAAGAUCAGAAGUCAACAGAAAAUGUAGAUGAGAGUGGUACAAGUGAGACGACGGAUUGGAAUGAGAUUACUUCUUUUGAGGAGUUUAGGAUUGCAAACAUUAGACCUGUGAGAAGUAGACUACAGUCAAUGAAAACAAACAAAACGGAGAAAAGAAUGAUUUAUAUGGUGAAGGGAGAUGAAAUCACGGCCAGAGUCCAGGGACCAGACAGAAUGUCAGUUCACCAGAUAGGUGAUUACUUGACAAUAGGGAAAUCAAAUACUACUCAACAAAAUCGAAAGGAACUUUCAAGACUAGUCAAUUUGAUUCCAAAACCAACAAACAUAGUGCCACCGAUCACAUCAGCCUGGUCCAUGUUAACAAACGGUGAUGUUGACUAUCAAGUUCAAUCUUUAAACACUUUGACCGAGGCUCUUGUUGACAAAGAAGCAACCAAAAAGGCUGUAUGCAAAAAAAUGAAAGGGACAUCUGCCCAAAAAAAGGGUGACAUUGAAAAAACUAAAGAAAUUGUUGGCCAUGUUAUAGCCGAACUAAAUAAAACUAAUGUAAACAAGGCAAUGCAUGGGAAAAUUUUUGAGGCCUUUUGGAAGACAAUACAGACAAUGCUGCCAGGUAAUGAUUUAUUAGACACAUGACACGUAUUAUCUUAACUUAAAACAUAUUUGAUCAUUUGCUUAAAAAAUAUAACCUACUUGAGACAACAAACAGACCUAGUCCAAUGUAAUAAUUAGCCAAGUUAUCUGCUUGACAAAAUCAUCAUUAGGAAUAGGUAUUUGUUAUAUUAAAUUAUAUCCAUUUGUUCACAUCAGUAUCUUUGCAAAACAUUUCAAGAGCAAACUGUAUAUGUCCUACUUUUAAAGCAUUUAAGCACCUAUGUAACAUAUACAAUUUUUGAACGAAUAUCUAGAAAAGGCAGUUUUUCAAAAUCAGUAUAAUAUUUCAUUAUUUUUUUCAUUGAAAUGGUUUACGAAUGGAUCCUUUCUUUCUGUGCGUAGAUUUGAAACUGCCAUCAUCAUUAACUUUACGCCCCCGUUUUUUCAGAACACACUUUCGGCUUACUGAAUAGUCAUGAUCAGUUUUUGGACUUUUGGAUUUUCUGCUUGGAAACAGCGGUUGCCGCUUUCGCUUUCUUGUUGUUUUGGAAAAGUUGGUUGUCUUACAAAUAUGUAAUGCCGUUGUGAGUGCUUGACAAAUAGCUUUCUUUUUUUUCACGUCAAUUGUCUGGAAAUUUUUAUUGUUUACAUAUAAAUUGAUUUCCUCAAUUUUUCUUUUAAUAGCCUGGUCGGUUGUUUCUUUGUCUUCAAUUAAUUGUUGUUUUGUUUCAUCAAUUGAGGUAGACUCUAUGUCAGGUGAUGGAACUACCAGUUUUGCUACCAUCACACAAACACAAUGUUUACCAUGGCUAUUGGCAAAACAUGUACAUUUGAAAGAGGUCA